GAGGAGGUGCCUGAGAGAGGACACAGCUCCAUAAUCAUAUGCUGUCAGUGCAGUGUAGCCUAGGGACUCCAGCAGGCACAAGUACUGGUGUCAUGUGCACUGAGGAGCAGCUGUUACGGCUGUGAGCUGCUAGUAUUGUGCCCGAUCAGUUCACGGCCCUGCCCUUUCAGCAGUCUGACUGAACUUCCCUACCUUGGGGUGUCACAUACACCUUAGUUCACUCACUAUUUGUCCUGCUCUUUGCCCUGUGUGCUGCAACCAGUCUGUGAUCUCCUCUUUCAGCCCAUCCCCUUGCACUGUCUAAGAGUUGCCAUUUCACCUCCUUGUGCCACUUUCCUCCCUCAGGCUGGACGCCUUCAUUCAAUCGGUCAUGCUGCUGCUGGCCGCUGCCUUUUUAGUGGCCUUCGUGCUGCUUCUCUACAUGGUGUCUCCUCUGAUCAGCCCAAGCCCCCUGAAACUGGCAGGAGCCCACGUGGUGGUGACUGGUGGAUCCAGUGGCAUUGGCAAAUGUGUAGCCAUUGAAUGUUUUAAGCAAGGUGCAUUUAUAACCUUGGUUGCUCGUGAUGAGGCUCAAGAGAAGUUAGGUCCAGUGGACAUGCUGGUGAACUGUGCCGGAACAGCAAUCGCAGGGAAAUUUGAAGAUGUAGAGAUUGACCGCUUUGCAAGACUGAUGGAAGUGAAUUACCUGGGCAGUGUGUAUCCUAGCCGUGCCGUCAUUUCAACAAUGAAGGAGAGGAGGAUGGGAAGAAUUGUCUUUGUUUCCUCACAAGCUGGGCAAGUUGGGCUGUUUGGCUAUACAGCUUAUUCACCAACCAAGUUUGCUCUUCGGGGUCUGGCAGAAGCCUUGCAAAUGGAGGUAAAGCCUUAUAACGUUUAUGUGACAGUUGCAUAUCCCCCUGAUACUGAUACUCCAGGGUUUGCUGAAGAAAACAAAUCAAAGCCGUUGGAGACCAGGUUAAUUUCAGAAUCUUCAAGUCUUUGCCAACCAGAUCAAGUUGCCAAAAUAAUUGUGAAAGACGCCAUUCAAGGUAAUUUCAAUAGUUCUGUUGGUUCAGAUGGUUACAUGUUGUCAUCUCUGACUUGUGGUAUGUCACCUGUCACUACCAUCACAGAGGGACUACAGCAGGUUGUCACAAUGGGAUUAUUUCGUACAAUUGCCUUGUUUUAUCUGGGAAGUUUUGACAGCAUUGUGCGUCGCUGCAUGAUGCAGAAGCAAAACUCUGAGAACACUUGUAAAACAGACUAAUUAUCUUGACAGCCAAGAACUUUUUUCAAGUGCUUGCUGCUAGAAAAACAAAUGACGUGAAGAUAAUUUUCCCAUCGCCAGACUCGUCUACCAAUUCACCAUGGGACUAUUAUUGUGACAUGAUACGAAAGGAGACUUCUGUGAAUGCUGAGAGAUUGCAGCAUACUAUGCAAAACAUGAGAUGGGUCUAGGCUUUAAAUUGUGCAUCUGAGAGUUAAGAAAUAGUAAGUAUUGCCUAGGGAGAAUCCAUUGUAUACCUGCUAUCUUGUAACAUGCAAUGUUUUUCCCUUGUCUCUUUCUAGUUCUUCAUACAAUAUUCUGUUUGAUUCCAAGAAUCACACUUUCUUCUUCGAUGGUAGAGUAAUUGAGCAAACACUUCUCCUGAGUUCUAAACAGGAGAAAUUAUAAAAAUGUUGAUAUAUAUGGAUUGUCUGAAGCUAAAUAUUAGAUUAUUUUGUGUUCUGCAGAGUUUGAAAACAUGAUCACCUUAACAGAUAGAAGCUGUUUAGUUAAUGACACUUGUUUCAUUGACUGGUUUUUGGUCAUUAUUUUUUCUCAUGUGAGUCCAUUCAUGCUAUUGUUUCUACAGUUGCAUCAUUAUACUUGGUCUCCUUUAGCUAAAAAAUGGAUUGUGGUGUGUUGUUUCUGAGAUAUUUAUCCACCACGGUAUUUUAGAACUAUUUUAAUAGUUGGAAUCCAAAUGCAAUUCCUCAGAACAAUAGGGAGUUUGAAAGCAUUUUAUUUCAUGAUAGUUCGUUGUAUUUGCAAUAGAAGUACAUCAAUGUAGAAUACACAUUUUGUAAACGACGACCAUUAUUCAGGUGUAUGGUACCCAUGAUUCCAUUUUAUUAAAGGUCUGAUUGCCUUAUGGAUCAACAGUGAUAUACAAUUUUAAAAGCUGUGUUGGUCUUAGAAAUUUUUUUUUUUUAAAAAGUGCUAGAAAAUGCAUAUGUUUAUUGAUUCAACAGUAGACAUCUGCUAGAUAUUUAAAAACAAUGUGUGAUUCUACCAUAGAAGGAGAACUCCUAAAAACCUGCAUUCCAGUAAGUGUGUUUUCACAUAUGACACUUAAAGGAAAAUGUAACUGAUAAUUAAGCUAAAUACCCUUGGUGAAAAUAUUGUAUAAACAUGCACAAUAACCAAAAUAUUUGCAUAUAUAUGGCCUCAUUUGUACUUAUAAUAUCAGCAUGCAACCCUAUCAAACAGAUUUCACAGCCGUGCCUCAUUUAAGAAAGGAAAAUCAUGAGUGUGACUAUAGGUAUUUAUUUAAGUUAAUCAUUUAUUUAAAGGGACAUGCAAGUCCACUUCCAUGAUUCAGACAGUAUGUGCAAUUUCUAAAAAAAACUUUAUGAAAUUUA